GUAUACUGUGGGUUCAGCUGGAAUCUUAUUGACAUUAUAAAAAUAAUUCCAAGGGAAAGAAGGGAGUGCUAAGAAGCGCGUUCACAGCAGGCGUCGGUGGCGCGCACAGGCCGCGGCUGCAGAAGAGCUGAUGGUGUUGGAGGCGCGCGUCCGCGCGACUGUAGCAGGAUGGCGCACGCCAAACACACCAACACCAUGUCCACUGAUGUGGAGAGUCGCAGGCGACGGUCCACUGAGAGCUCAGAGCCCCUCUGGGACCAUGACCCCAAAGGCCGCCGCUGUAGCUCCCAGUGUGACAGACUGUGUGUAGCUGGAGCAUAUCUUGAGAUCCCAGAUACUCCUUCCCCCUGCACCUCCCAGUACUUUGGACACUACACCCCAAAAUGCCUCUCUGCCCACAGGCAUUCCCUGCAUUCACGGUGCACAGAUGAUGUCUGGCAGGAAGCGAGCAUCAGAACCACCAUCCGAGCAGAAAACGAGGUGGAGGCACAUAAACUUGCCAACAACUACAGGUUUGGUUUCAGGAAAUGGAAGAGUCAUGUAACCGAACGACCCAUUGAAGACAGAUCUGAUGUAGUUAAAGAGCUUUAUUCUGACCUCAACUAUAUCAAACAUCAUUCAGGAUCACUGGUCACUGUUGGGAAUGUGAUCUAUGUAUUGCUCUUUGGCUGGUGGAUCUCCUUAUUUUACUUCUUGGUUAGUCUGCUGAUGUUUUGCACCAUUGCUGGGAUCCCAUAUGGAAAGCUUUGUUUGCAGCUGUCAGGUUAUUUCUUAUGGCCAUUUGGAAAGGCAUUACAGAAAAGCAGCAGUCUGGUGAGGAAAUGUUGUAUGAAAUUCCCACAUUGUGAGGCCAUUCCGGAGGUGGAUGAGAUAAAGGAGACUUCGGAGGUGAAAGAGUCUACACCUCUGCUGUGCUCCGCUCCUGCCAUCACCACAGAAAUCCCUUUGACUACACCGCCUCCAAAACAGACUCGUUACUGGUGUCGGCUGAGUACGUAUGUUUGGCUGGUGUUGGGAUACCCCCUGCUGGCUGUGGUUCAUUUCCUGGCUAUCUUCCUGUCCUGGAUGCUGGUUUUCACCAUCCCGGUGUCAAAGAUGAACGUCAGGACCUUGAGCAUCAUCCUGCUUAUGCCACCAGAGGAGGUCAUAAUUCGGACUGUGAAAAAAGCACAAGGUUGUGAGACCAGAGUUCUGCUGUGCUGUUACCGUGCCUUUAACUGGUACUACUAUAAAUUUACUGUGGAUGGGAUCAAUGUGUUUGCUGUCAAUCUGUUGCCUCUUGUUAUUAUCACCCUGGUGAUCGGCUAUAUGGACAAAGAUAAUUAUUAUGUGAGCUCAGAGGCAAAGUUUGCCACAGCAGUGAGCUCUAUUAUCCCAUUGUCUUACUACAUUGGGAUGGGGAUAGCAAGUAUUUCUGCACAGAGUAACUUUGCAGUGGGAGCGGUAGUAAACGCCACGUUCGGCUCGAUUACGGAGAUGGCCUUUUACAUCACAGCUUUGCUGCAGGGUCAUCAUGCAGGAAAUAAGUGCUACGCAGAGAUCGUCAAAUCUGCUCUGACAGGCACACUGCUGGGCUGCAUCCUCUUCAUACCUGGCAUCUGUAUGAUCAUCGGCGGCUGCAAACACAGAGAGCAGCAGUUCAACAGCAGGUCGGCAGGAGUCAGCUCAGCUCUGCUCUUUAUAUCAAUAGGAGGUGUUUUCGCCCCCACGCUGUUUUCAAAGGCUUAUGGAAACUUUAUAUGUGAGGGCUGUAACAACUCGCCUGGUAACACCACAAAUCCCUUCUUAUGUAAUAACUGCCACUACGACCUGAGCGAAAACAACCGACCUCUUUUUUUGAGUCAUAUCGAGCCUUUAGUGUACACAAUCUCUGUCCUGUUGCCUGCUGCAUAUCUCAUUGGUCUGAUCUUCACCCUUAAGACUCAUUCGCAUAUUUAUGAUAUCCACAUCAGUGAUGCCCACUGUCAUGUUGUUAGUGACCAUGGUGCAGUGGUUCACUGGUCUAGAUCGAGAGCUGUAGUGGUGCUCAUUUUGGCUACAGUAAUGAUGGCAGCUUGCGCUGAUCUCAGCACUGAGCACAUCAAACCUAUCAUCUCCAACUCCAGUGUCUCACAGUAUUUUAUUGGAGUUACUGUAUUGGCCAUGGUUCCCGAGCUUCCUGAGAUAGUCAAUGGGAUCCAGUUUGCUCUUCAGAACAACAUCAGCCUCAGCCUGGAAGUGGGGAGCUGUAUUGCAGUUCAGGUGUGCAUGUUGCAGAUACCGCUACUGAUCUUGUUCAAUGCUUUUUAUGAUGUUGGAUUCGUUCUCAUAUUCAGUGAUUUACACCUCUGGGCAAGCAUCUUUAGCGUUAUUCUGGUCAACUACAUAUUUAUGGAUGGAAAGUCAGACUACUUCCAGGGAACUGCUCUGGUGGUCGUGUACCUUAUUCUUCUGGCUUUGUACUUUUUUGCACCUGCUCCUCUUGGAUGUUGAGAAAAAUGACUUUUUCCCUGUUAUCUUUUAUUGUUGACAUGUAUAGUGUUUUUGUGUAUUCUUGUCUUAUAUAUAUACUGUAAAAUUUGGAAUAUUUUCCAGCAUGUGAAGUAUGCAAGCUCUUACUUGUGAGCCGGAUAGAAGCUAGGAGCGAUUUCACUGUUUACUUGAAAAUGCAUAAAAAUAUUUAACAUUCACAAAAAAUAAUUAGAUGUCGCAUCUAUCAAAAUGAACUAAUAAAUUUUGUAUUCCUUUCA